AGCUACUGCUCUCAGUUAGUGUUUUAGUAGUUGUCUAUACAGUGAGCAAUAAAAAUGACAAUUCGAGUUUGUGGGACUAAAUUCAUUUAUAUCCUAGUCGCAAUAGUAAACAUCACUGGAUUCUCCUUUGGAACGACCAUAUCAUGGACAUCUUCGCAACUGACAAAACUACAAAAAUCCGACGACAGUCCCCUGGGCCGAGCCAUAACAGAUAACGAAGCUAGCUGGAUAACGUCUUUAUAUAGCAUCGGAGGCAUCAUAGGACCUUUGAUAUUCGGCUAUAUAAACGUUAAAAUCGGCCAAAGAUUAACCUUGAUUGCACUAGCAGUGCCUUUUAUUGUACCCUAUUUAAUCUUCGCCUUUGCAACACAUAUUAAUUGGUAUUACGCUGGGAGGUUUCUCUUGGGCGUUGGAAUUGCCCCUAUGUUUUCCAUAUGUACUGUGUACGUAGCCGAGAUAGCUGACAAAUCAACCAGAGGACUUUUAACAUCCGCAGGCAUGUUUUUCGUAAGCAUUGGAUCCUUAUUUUCCUACUGUGUAGGACCUUACACCUCCACCAUGGUUUUCAAUCUUAUACUAGCUGCAAUACCGAGUUCAUAUAUGGUUUUAAUCAUCAUAUUCGCCCCAGAAUCACCACACCAUCAAAUCAAACGCGGCGAUAUUAGAGGUGCUAUAAAAUCGCUCGAAAUAAUCCGUGGAUAUAGCGGCGAAAGAAUAACGAAAGAAAUAGAGGAUAUACAAACAUUUUCCAACCAGGACGACGUAACGGGACGCAUUAUAGACCUAUUCAGCACCAAAGCGGCAAGGUUUGCUUUCUUCAUGUCUCUAUUUCUAACGGUUUUCCAACAGCUCUCCGGAAUGGGCAUUAUUUUGAGUUACACCGAACAAAUUUUUGACGCUACGAAAUCCAAGUUGACCUCCUCGCAAUCCUCCAUUAUUGUAGGCAUUAUGCAGGUGGUUUGUGCGCCUAUAGCGCCAAUUUUCACUGAUAAAUUCGGCAGAAGAAUUUUGAUGAUGUUCUCUAUAUCCGGGGCUAUUUUAUCGGAAACUUUAUUAGGAACCUUCUUCACUCUAAAAGAUCAAGGGAGGAACGUGGAUUCGUUUUCAUGGUUGCCGUUGUUUUGCAUGGGUAUGUUUAUGGUUACGUUUUUCGCGGGAAUCGGUAGCCUACCCUGGCCUAUAAUAGCCGAGAUAUAUCCGACGCAUCUGAAACCUAUAGGGGCCGGUAUUAUCAAUACGUGUUGCAACUUGGUUGGAUUCGCUGUGUUGUACUUUUUCAAUGAUUUGGUUAAGAGCAUCGGCAUGGGCGGAACUUUUUACAUGUACAGCGGAAUAUUGGCUGUAUCCGGCGUCAUAGUUUUUAUUUGGUUGCCUGAAACUAAGGGACAGACCUUUCAGGAGAUACAGGAUAUCAUUUCGGGGCAUAAGAAGUAUAGCGAUAGCAUGGCGAUGGAAAAUCAUGGCUACUCACAAAAAUAUUGAUUUGUAUUAAGUCAGUUUAUCUCGUAUUUUAAUAAACGUUUCUAUAAAACCUGUUUUAUUGUUAAGUAACAACCCAGAUAACAUCCGUGACUUUCAUACAAAAUGUGACCCGUGACUUGAUGAUUUUC